AAUUGAUCAAGCAGCAACUGUCAGUGUCAAGUGAUUUUGUAUACGCAAUCGGUAGUCCAACGGCUUAGUAAAAUGCGAAUUUUAUGAAUUAAAUUUUAUUUGCUUUCACAGAAAUGAAAGAUGGAAAUAGGAGAAGACAACGUUCUCAGACAAUUCACCAGGCUUUGCAACACCGACUUCGCUCUUCUACAACAUUAUCUGGCAUCAAAUGCAGUUCUAGAGUGGUUUGGCCGAACCAUACGUGGACGUACGAACAUUUGUGCUUACUACCGAUACGACCUCUGCCAACAAUACGAACAUGACUUUGAGAAGGCUGAAAAAUGUCCGGCAUUCGAAUGCAAACCAUCACAUAUGCAAACGAGAAUAGUUGCCGCAAUCGACAAGGUAAAUUCUCAGAUUGAAAGCCAAUCACUAACAAUUGAUACUCUGACGUCAACCCCUCUUCAAAGAAUUGUAACCCCUACUUUACCGAAGGUAGGGAAGGAAAAAAUAUUUAUAACAACUCCAGAAAUUUCACCAACGUUCUCUACAUCACUUCCCGAAGAUAAUACGACGCCACCGCAGAAUAUAACAAGGCAUGGUGAACAAGAAGAUGAAGCACCACCUACCAAGAAAACCAGAUUUGACAACAGUUUAGAUUGUGCAGGUGAUGCAGGUCCUUCAAAGAAAAAAAAAUAUAUGCAAAAAUUUACUGACAAAUCGGACUGUGAUACGAAAAAACUAAGUCUCCCAGAAGUUGGCCAUGGCGAUGGUAUGUUGUCCUCCCAAGAAAUUCAGGACAUGCAGUUAUCCGAUACUGGUUAUUCGGAUUUGAUGUAUUUCGAAUCAGUUGGAUUCUUACGCUCCCAAAACAAAUCUAAAUACCAUGGAAUAUCGAACGCACAAACUUCGAGUGGUAACAACUCUUCAUCACCAGUAACAAGUUCUAGUUUACCUAAUGAUCUCACAAAUAUGCCGCAUAUGCGGAAAACUAAAUUGAAAUUAUCCUAUCGAAUACGACGUCAUGACAAUCAAUUGCAAAUCGCAUUAAUCAUCUACGAACAUUUAUCACGUAAUCCCGCUUCACGACGGAAUUUGCUUCAAGAAUUUCAAAAGACUACUGAUGACAAUGGCAUUCCAAAUACGAAACCUGGCGUAUCUCAGUCAGCUAAAAAACCGAUGAAAUCAUUAAAAAGAUCACUAAGAUUAUUUUAAAUGCGAUGGGCAAGAACAUGAUUUUAUAUAGUCGAUUAAAAUCUAAUGUGGACUGUUAAAUAUGUGAUUUUUAUAUAAAGUACAUUUUUAUGAACAGUUGAUAUUGUUUCACAAAAAAAUGACAAUAAAUGAGUAUUUUUAAGAAUGUUUUAA